AUGGGAUUAUUUGCUAAAUGUAAACACCUCUACGAGGUGAUAUUUGUAAUUUUAAUGUUCGGCGUAAUCAACUGUCGUACGGAAGAGUUGAACCCAACCUCAGCGCCAGUUCCAUUACAACACAACCAGACAAGCUGGCAGCAGCGACCUGCAGCACGUAACAGUGUACAACGUUGGAAAGCGAACCAUGCACCUGCUUCCACCUACACUUCUCCACACUGUGACUACAAGGAGCUGCUAACAAAUCUCCAUGACCGGGUUAGUCUAAUGGUUACCGUCGAUGAAGAUUUGCGUCAACGACUGGAUACAAUUGAAAAGAAAAUUGUUCAGUUCGAGGAAAGCAAUUUGGUUCGCAUGGAUUCAUUAGCUGUAGCUCAGAUGGAUUUUGACAAGCACUUGGACAUCAUGGAACACAUACAACGUCUUACCCGUCGUGGUGUUGAUGAACUCUUAGGUGAAUUCGGAGCAUACAUGAGAGCACUAAAUCUCUCGCACAUUCCCGAUAACAGAAUUCAUGCCUCAGGCACCGCCGAUGUUGAAUUGAAUAUUUUACGCAAAACAAAACGACAGGCCAUACCCAAUCCACAACAACACCAACAGUCGUCAUCAUUGCCAAUCAGUGAUUCACAAAAAUUGGAUGCCUUGGCCACAUUGUUGACAUCGACAAGGGGGGCCAUAAAUGCUUUGCAUUUGCAAUUACAGGCGAAUGUCACCAGACUGAUGCAGCAAACUGGAAACUUACAAAGGCGUGUUAAUAAUCUAGUACGCAGACAACAACAUCAGGGUGCAGUUGUCAGCGUUCCGAACUUUUAUGCCACUGCUAAUACCCAACAACAACUAACAACGAGUUGUGCUCAAGGCGUGACUCCCAUAAAUGGCAUAUUAAAAUUGCAGUUGACACCUACAUCAGAUCCCUUCUAUGUCGCUUGCGAGGAUCAAUUGGCAGGUGGUGGUUGGACUGUCAUUUUGAAUCGUUUCAGCGGUGACAUUAAUUUCCAACGUGGCUGGAUCGAAUACAAGCACGGAUUCGGCAAUCUGGCUGGAGAAUUCUUCAUCGGCAUGGACAAAUUGUAUGCCCUGACGGCGUCGGCAGUUCAUGAGCUUCUAAUUACUUUGGAAGACUUCAAUAAGCAUCGUAAAUAUGCCCGUUAUAACCUCUUCGCCAUUGGCAAUGAAAUGGAGUCGUACGAAUUGAAAUUAUUGGGUAAAUACGAGGGCGAUGCUGGAGAUUCACUUACCUACCAUGCUGGUAGCAAAUUCUCUACCUUCGACAACGACAACGAUGGCUGUGUAGAUUGCAACUGUGCCCAAUCCCACAAAGGCGCCUGGUGGUACAAUUGGUGUGAUCAAUCGAAUUUAAUGGGACCCUAUCAUGCCACCGAUUACGACAAAAUCGAACCAUACCGAGGAAUAUAUUGGCAGGAUUGGCUGGGAGCUAAUUACUCUUUAAAAGCUGUCAAAAUGAUGAUUCGUCCUCUGAAUAUUGACUUAGAAAGGCGCUGA